AUGACAACUCAGUCGUUCUGCAAAUUAGCUUUGGUGUUCCUCGUUUUGUCAAAUAUGCUGAGCAAUGGGUCAUGCCAAGCUGGCGUUGGGAGCAUAGUUCGAACCCAAAUGCAGCAAGUCCUGGCAUUCUUAAACACACCCAAUGGGAAUACAGUGCCUGUAAUACAGGGCUCGGGUUCUUCUGUAGUUAACACGCCCGCAGGCAAUGGAUUAACAGUAACCCAGCCAUUUUUAACAUCUCAAUCGGGCACAUUCACCGCAAUGCUUGUGAGAAAGCAGACAAAUCCAGGGCUAGGAGGACUGGGCUUGGAAUACUGCUAUGUUGAUGUUAUAAAUACGGCGGCCCAGCAGAGCAUUUGGGAGUCUCCAUGCCAGGUAGUCACCACAACGAGCCCAUGUAUUCUUCUGUUAACAGAUGACGGGUUGCAGAUAAAUGAUGGUAACAAUGAAGUGUGGAACAAUGGAGCCGAUAAUUAUCAGUCGCUGGUUUUGCUUGAGAGUGGAGAGUUGAGAAUGGUGGAUAACAAUGGGCAGAGCGCAUGGUCGGCCAAUGAUGACCCUUUGGUUAAUCAAAACUGUGGGAGUGCUCUGAGCCCCGGAUCGCUUCCUUUCAUUCAGCCAGCUUUUUCAUCUCCACUGGAAGCCGACCUUCCAAAUGGGCAGACGGUGUUUAACCAGCCUUUGGUGGGAGCAAAUCCUCUGAUCGGGGGAAGUCCCAUGGUGAGGAAAAACACCAGCCAUUAUCUGUCCCUGGUUACGAUCGCCAUCUUUGUUUUCUAUUACUGCUAG